AUUUUUUUCCAUUGUCAGGAAGUGGGAGGACUCUCUAACCCCACUUGCCGGAAGUGCCUUUUCAUGAGUACCUGGAUAUUUUUGCAGUUUAGCUUUCCCUCUCCGGGCGCCAGGCUGGCAGCAACAUGCUUCUGACUCAGCCUUUCCACUUAGCUGUAAAAAUACAUUAAUCAGAACUGCCUGGCAUCUUCGUGAGCAAGACUUCAUUAGGGCCCAGUAUGCUUCAUUUCAUCCAGAAGUUUUCUCGCGCAUCUUCAAAGAUGCUGAAGUACCCUUUCACAGUUGGACUAGGAACCAGCAGGAGAAUAGAAACACUUUCUCUUAAGACAUGUCACCAGCAGAACUUUCCACCUUUGUUUCUGAGACCUUGGCCUUUCUCAUCAUUUCCAGUCUGUAUGAGCAAGACACAAUACUAUCAUACUUCCCCAUGCAGUUUUAAGAAGCAGAAGCAAGAAGUACUUCCAUCCAGGCCAACAAAAACCAUCACUUACUUGCCUGACAGCCCGAAGCCAGCAUUAUACAUAAUUCUGGCAGGUCUAAUCCCCUUCAUUGCUCCACCGCUGUUCAUGGUAAUGACAAAGAGUUAUAUCCCCAUAUUAGCUUUUACUCAGAUGGCUUAUGGAGCCAGUUUCCUAUCUUUCUUGGGAGGGAUCAGAUGGGGUUUUACUCUGUCAGAAGGUAGUCCAGCUAAACCAGACUUCCUCAAUUUAGCUAAUAGCACAGCUCCUGUUGUGUUUUCAUGGUUUGCCUUCCUUAUUUCUGAAAGGCUCAGUGAAGCUAUAGUAACAGUAAUAAUAGGUUUGGGGACAGCAUUACAUAUUGAACUUUUUCUCUUGCCACAUUACCCCAAUUGGUUCAAAGCCCUGAGGAUCGUAGUCACUUUAGUGGCCUUUUUAUCAUUUGUAAUCACUUUAUUAGUUAAAGUUAUUUAUCCAGAGAAAGGACCCAAGAGACCUGGUAAAGUGGAAUAAAUAUAAAACUACUGUCGAUGACAUUAGCAUGUUGGCUACAAGCCUUGUAAAGGCUGUUUUGCAUCUCUUUUUUUCUACUUCUGUUGUUUAGCUCUUUGUUUCCAAACAAUGGUAAUUUAUUCUUCACAUUAUUUUUCAUUUCUAGAAAUCUUUAUUUCAUAGGAAUUACGGGAUCAACAGCUUGAAAAUCCCUAACAAGUCUUUUUCAUGUCAUAUUAGGUUACAGUUCUCAUUCGAUCUUUUUAUGAAUUCUAUAGUUGUCCACUCAAAUAUUUCAAUGUUUUAAUUACUUUGAAAAAUGUAAGAUAAUAAAAAAAGAUGAAAAAUCCCUUUUGCUAGAGCCUUAAGAUCACUGUAAAAACACACACAUUCUCUUAUUUCAAGAGGAAAACUUCACAUCCAUGAAUGUCUGAAAAUAAUAGGUGGUUUCAGGGUGGAGUUUUCAUUGCAGUUGUCCCUGGGAAUUGCAUUUCCAAGCUCAUUUUAUCUGGCAUAUAACCUAGUUAUAUGAGCUGAAAGGAUCUUUGGCUCUAAAGUCAUUUGGGAGCAAUGUCACAAGGGGAAAUCAUGUUUAAAGAAAAGCUGGACACAUUUCCCAGUUUUUAUCAGGGUAUUUGGCAGAGUAUAGACACAACUUAUAACCAAACAACACCAGCUGGUCAAACACAUUUAAAAGAAUAAAGCCACUAGUACAUACAAAUUUGGAAAAGUCAAGCUGGAGCCAUCUUGAUUGUUCUAACGAGUGGGGCUAUCUAGUUUUACAUGUUAGCUCACAGAGAAGCUUUUUUAAAACAGCAAAAGUAUCACGUUGGGAUUCUAACUUGAGAACUGCAUCUUUUGAGAUUCUUAGUUUCAUUAAAAAACAAGCUUUUUAAAAUAGUGUAAGAAUAUAAAUCAGGAAAUGAUAACUCGUGGUAUGUGUUAUCUUUGUAUAAGUAUUCAAAUAUAUAAUUUCGUAAGUAAAUUAUAUACAUAUGAUUUCCACUCUAGUGAUUCUUGCUACGAAGAGAUCAGCAUCUAGAGAGGUACCUUGUUUUAAGGUAUGAGAGUGGUACACCUGUUAAUAAAGGUUGAAUUGUGUAUUAAAGUCCUAAUUCCCAAUAAGAAUUUGACCUUAUUUGGAGAUAAGGUCUUUACAGAGGUAAUACGGUUAAAAUGAGAUCAUAAGGGUAGGCUGUAAGGUAAUAUUACUAGUGGUCUUAUAACAAGGGAAAAUUUAGAGACGAACACGCAUACAGGGAGAAUGCCAUGUGAACGUGAAGAUGGCCAUACGCCAAAGAGAAGUCUGGAACAGAUCUCUCCUCUUAGCCCUCAGAAGGAACCAACUCUACCAACACCUUGGUGUCAGACUUCCAGCCU